AUGGACGCAGCAGUGAAGAAUGAGGUGGCCCAAGCCAUCAAGGCCGCUGAAGAGGGCGGCUUGGUGAAGGGCGUGAGUCAGAUCAUGACCGUCUUGCAGAAGCACAAUUUGGUGCGAGAACAGAUCCUGGAACCUGGUGUGGUAGGAACACAUCCCGAGAACCGGGACGGCUUUGGCAUCUCGGCACUGGACACACACAGUUUGCUCCAAUCAAUCAGUGAGAUUGGGUUUGACGAGCGCCAGUGCAAUGCAAUCUGCGUUGAAGUAUCUUCGUCAACCUUGGACAAGGCCUAUUCUUUCAAUGCAGAGCUCGUCCGCCAAAGUAUGGGACUCCUGCCACCAAUUCCCAGGGGAACUCUUCGAUACCUUUCAUUGUCUUGCAGCCACACCAACGCUGCGCUCAGAUGCUUGAUUGCAGGCAGCCCCAGCAAAAGCGAGACUUUGUCUUUGGAUGGUCGCCUACACCUUGGUAGAGCUUCUUCCCUGGACCCAAUGCUUGGGAAAGCGUGCAGGGAGGGAAUCAAGUGGAAGGUCGUCAACUCUGAGGUGGACCUCGAGUUCCCAAGCUUUUCUGCGUUGGUGCAGGCCAGUAUGAACACGUCAGUCAGCAGAGGAGAACACGAGGCCCAGAUGCUCCUUCGGAUCUUCAAAGCACAAGAGAGCGCAAAAGAUCUCGGUAAACCUUUCACCUGGGAUGAACUACGUGCCCGUCUUUUGAAAAGCAAGCCUGCUUGCGCUGCAUGCAUGCCUGGAAUGUUCAAAUUCUUGAAGAAAUUUGGAGGCGGCAUGUUGGCGCGCACAGAAGCUUUCAUCAAGUCCAGUGCUGGCUCAAGUCGACAGCUUGGCCCUGAUUUCUUUGAACACUUGAGCCUGGAUCCAAAACCACAAACACAGAAUCCUUGUGUCAUGUUCCGUCACGCCCUACUUGUGGCUGGGUACACUUGUCCCAUUGACAAGUUUCUGAACGCGAGUGACGUGAAGAAGUUGUUUGCCAAGGAUUUCAUGCCAGACAACAUUGCUGCCAAUGCCAUGAUGGGUGAAAUUGACAGUCUCAUCAAGGCAACAUUCCCCACGGAGCACCCGCACAAGUCCGAGAUUGACCAGUUGCAAGUGGCCUUUGAAAGGAACUUGGUGAUGGUCGCCCUGCAGAAGAAGCACAAAGACUUGCCUGAUUUGGCUGAUUUGAAUGAGUGCGCCAUUGCCUUGUGCAGUGGCAUUGAAAAGGCUACUGGUGGCACCGUGCUCUCCACCACAUGGAAGGCCAGCGAAGCAUCAUCUGCUUCGUGUACCACUGCAAAGGCCGCCCCGGCACCUCCGCAAAUGCGGGAGUACGAUGAGAGCGGCAACCUCAAGAAUCCAGCAGUUCUGCUGGAAGAAAAGGGCUUCAGUGUGGGGAAGUAUGUGGUGAGAAAAAAGGAUAAAGUGCUUGGCCAGAUUUCGGCCAUCAGUGCUGACAAGGUCACCCUAGAGGUGGAUGGAGAUUUUUACCGAGUUUCUUGGGAAGGGUUUGUGAGCGGACAAUGGAAAGUCACCGAUGCACCUGCUGAGAAAGAGCCAAUUGAUCUGAAGGCUUGUUCACCAUCUGAUUCCUUGGAAGUCGAAACUCAGAUCUGCAAGGGCCGCAUCCUGCAGAAACUUUGUGAACUUGAGCGCAAGCAUGCCGAUUGCCUUGAAAAGAUCAGGGUGUACUCCAAGCCUCGGUCUGUGGAAGCAAGCCAGCCUGUCAAUGUUGGCAAGAUGGUCCUCGUCCCAAGCACUUUGAGAAUUGAGUGUGUUCGAGACUAUGACCCAUUCGAAGGGCAUGGUGGCAUUUGCCUGGGGCUAUGUGGUGCGGAGAACGCAACUUUCUUUUUGCAACCCACAUGCAUCCCUCCAGCGGAAGAUAGACCUGGUUUCAUCGCACCCUUCUGGAUGGUGAAGGGUACACCCGAUCCUGAAAUGGCAAAUUGCAAGGUUGCGCCUCUCGUAGCUGGGACUGAUCGAAAUGACUCUUUGUCCAAAAUUCCAGUGCUGAAAAAUUUCAAAGCGCUAAAGGAAGGGGAUGUUUUGCUUCAGCAUGUGGCCCCGAAAGUUGUUGAGCUUGAAGCUCUUGAGUCCUUACCCAAAAGGCGCCGCGCGAAGGGAGCCUAA